AUGUCGCUGCAAUGGGGGCGUCUCGCAGCUCUUGCCGUCUUUGACGAAGGGACCGGAGCGACUGGUCUCCAGCAUCACCUCUCAGCCACCGAGCCCACCACAAUGGCCGUCAGUUCUCAGCGGAGCGUCAUGGAGAUUCAGCACCAGAUCCGCCGCACCGCCGAUGAGACCAGGAGCUACAUCGACGACCUCUACCAGUGGCAGGAGGACUACAGGAAGGCCCCAAAGACCAAACACAAGGUGGACAACCCCUUCAAGCACGCCGCCACUGCCCCGCACAAGGACAACCAGGGCGAGGCGGAGGGGGAGGCGCGUCAGCUGCAGCGCGACAAGGCCGACAUGAAGGCCUACUACGCCGCCUGGGACAGAUGGGCUGACCAAGAGGCAGAGAGGCUUGACCGAGACUCCGGGGCUGACCAACGGGCGGCCACGACCACCACCAGCCACCACGCAGGCAGUGCGUUUGUGAAGGAGAGGACGGAGUCCGCUAAGGGAGGCAGGGGCAGCCCAUGAAGGUGCAGAUCGGCAAGGGCGGAGGGCCUGGGUUGGCCGUCCGCCGCACUCUGCUCUCGUCGGCCCUCGAGAAAAAGGCCAAAGGCAACGAACUCUUCAGCAGAGGCGACCACCGGGCAGCCCUCGACGACUACACUAGCGCCUUGGGCCUCCUGCAGUCCUAUGGGCAGCCCAACACGACGUCGGCCGACCGCAGCGCAGAGAUCUUAUCGGCUGAGCGGACCCUCCUGCUCAACCGGGCGUCGUGCUAUCUCAAGCUGCACCGAUACAGAGAGGCCGUCAGCGACUGCGGUCGCUGA